AUGGCGCCGAAGAUUGAUCCAGAAGUUGGCUGCAUCAUUCCAGAACCUGGCGAUUGGCCCAUCGAACCGCAAGAAGACAUAUCCGUUUCCGACGACCGCCUGUGGAUCGACGGAUGCUUCGACUUCUUCCACCAUGGCCAUGCCGGCGUCAUGUUGCAGUCGCGACGCUUAGGGACAGAGCUGCUGGUCGGCUUGCAUUCAGAUGAAGACAUUCGAGCCAACAAGGGUCCUACUGUAAUGAACCUAGCCGAACGAGUAGCCGCUGUCAACGCCUGCAGAUUCAGCACUAAGUGCGUGCCCCAUGCGCCGUACGUGACAAGUCUGCCAUGGAUCAGCCAUUACGGUUGCAAAUUCGUCGUUCACGGAGACGACAUCACGAGCGAUGCGGCGGGCGAGGACUGCUAUCGGUUCGUCAAGAAAGCCGGCAGGAUGAAGAUCGUUCCGCGUACUCCAGGAAUCAGCACUACAGACCUUGUCGGCAGAAUGCUCCUGUGCACGAAGGACCACUUCAUUCAAAGUCUCACAGACCGUCUAAGCGGCAAAGAAGGUCCAGGUGGCGACGAAGAACGACUGCAGACGGGCAAGGACAUGAUCAGAAGGCUACGAGAGUAUGCUGCCGCGCCCAAUGGAAAGGACCCUUAUGUGGAAGUGUAUAGUUAUCACGAUCCGUCCCCUUAUCAACAGCUAGUAUUCGGCCUUAAACCGCGACCUGGACAACGGCUGGUUUACGUGGAUGGCGGCUUUGACCUCUUCUCGUCCGGCCACAUCGCAUUUCUCGCGACAGUCACUGAGUUCGAAGAGGCCAAUGGGCGUCAGAGAGGGUGGUAUGAGGACGCCGAGCGCUCGAAACGAAUACAAGAACACGGCGAGGAUUAUCCGCCCGCCUACGUCGUUGCUGGUCUCCACGAUGAUGCUGUUGUCAACCAUUACCGAGGCAUCAACUACCCGAUCAUGAACGUCUUCGAGCGUGGACUCUGCGUGGUGCAAUGCCAGUACGUUCAUGCAGUCGUCUUCGGCGCUCCAUACGUGCCAAGCGAAGCGUACCUGUCUGCUCUACCGACGGGGUUGCCGGACGUCGUUUAUCACGGUCCAACGGCUUUCAUGCCUUCGCCGGCAGAGCCAGAUCCUUACGUAGACGCCAAGCAGAUGGGUAUUUUCUGUGAGACGACAAAGCACGCUUUUCAAGACGUCAACAGCGCUCAAAUUGUGCAACGCAUACUGGACCGCAGGGCCGAAUAUGAGGAGAGGCAGCGGAAGAAGGGCUUCAAAAGCGGUAAGCAUCCCUAUGUCGUUGGCUAUAUCGACCACAAGAUAUGUGCUAACUUGGUCGGUUCCAGUCGGAGAGGGUGCGCUUAG